UCCUUGUGGACCUCGCCGAUCCUCUUCUCCAGCCUUCGCCUCCUCUCCCUCCCGACACGCACUCCCUUGCGGCCGGGUCCCCAGCCCUGUGCCCCCGCGCCUCCUCCGUCCCCUCCCACGCUGCCCGCUUCCCUUCCCCUCUGCCCCUCAAACCCUCCUCCAGGGUUCUGCGCUCCUCCCUCCGCCCUCCCUCUGCGGGGCCUGCCUCCUCCCUCCUCCUCUCCGGGAGGCAUCACUUCGUCCGGACCCGGAGGAGGAUGCGAUCCCCUCGCCGGCGGUCAUCUGAACCCAGCGCUAGGGCAGUCUCUGCACGCAGCCCUGCCGUGCGCCCUCGGUCCUCGCGUCCUCCGAUCGCCGCAGGGAUGGUACCCAUACGACCUGCCCUCGCGCCCUGGCCUCGUCACCUGCUGCGCUGCGUCUUGCUUCUUGGGGGUCUGCGUCUUGGCCACCCGGCGGACUCCGCCGCCGCCCUCCUGGAACCUGAUGUCUUCCUCAUCUUCAGCCAGGGGAUGCAGGGCUGUCUGGAGGCCCAGGGUGUGCAGGUCCGAGUCACCCCAGUCUGCAAUGCCAGUCUCCCUGCCCAGCGCUGGAAAUGGGUCUCCCGGAACCGACUCUUCAACCUGGGUGCCACGCAGUGCCUGGGUACAGGCUGGCCAGUCACCAACACCACAGUUUCCCUGGGCAUGUACGAGUGCGACCGAGAGGCCUUGAGUCUUCGAUGGCAGUGUCGUACACUAGGGGACCAGUUGUCCCUGCUUCUGGGGGCUCGUGCAAGCAAUGCAUCCAAGCCUGGCACCCUGGAGCGAGGUGACCAGACCCGCAGCGGCCAUUGGAACAUCUAUGGCAGUGACGAAGACCUAUGUGCUCGACCUUACUAUGAGGUCUACACCAUCCAGGGAAACUCCCACGGAAAGCCGUGCACUAUCCCCUUCAAAUACGACAACCAGUGGUUCCACGGCUGCACCAGCACUGGCCGGGAAGACGGGCACCUGUGGUGUGCCACCACCCAGGACUACGGCAAAGAUGAACGCUGGGGCUUCUGCCCCAUCAAGAGUAACGACUGUGAGACCUUCUGGGACAAAGACCAGCUGACUGACAGCUGUUACCAGUUUAACUUCCAAUCCACACUGUCCUGGAGAGAGGCCUGGGCCAGCUGCGAGCAACAAGGCGCAGACUUGCUAAGCAUCACGGAGAUUCACGAGCAGACCUACAUCAAUGGACUCCUCACGGGCUACAGCUCUACGCUAUGGAUUGGCCUCAAUGACCUGGACACCAGCGGAGGCUGGCAGUGGUCAGACAAGUCAGCCCUCAAGUACCUCAACUGGGAGAGUGAUCAGCCGGACAACCCAGGUGAGGAGAACUGUGGAGUGAUCCGGACCGAGUCCUCAGGCGGCUGGCAGAACCAUGACUGCAGCAUCGCCCUGCCCUAUGUUUGCAAGAAGAAACCCAACGCCACAGCCGAGCCCAUCCAACCAGACCGGUGGACCAAUGUCAAGGUGGAGUGUGACCCCAGCUGGCAGCCCUUCCAGGGCCACUGCUACCGCCUGCAGGCUGAGAAGCGCAGCUGGCAGGAGUCCAAGAGGGCGUGUCUGCGGGGUGGGGGCGACCUCCUUAGCAUCCACAGCAUGGCUGAGCUGGAGUUCAUCACCAAACAGAUCAAGCAAGAAGUGGAGGAGCUGUGGAUUGGCCUCAAUGAUUUGAAACUGCAGAUGAACUUUGAGUGGUCUGACGGGAGCCUCGUGAGCUUCACCCACUGGCACCCCUUUGAGCCCAACAACUUUCGUGACAGCCUGGAGGACUGUGUCACCAUCUGGGGGCCGGAAGGACGCUGGAACGACAGUCCCUGUAACCAGUCCUUGCCCUCCAUCUGCAAGAAGGCAGGCCGGCUGAGCCAGGGCGCUGCUGAGGAGGACCACGGCUGCCGGAAGGGUUGGACGUGGCAUAGCCCAUCCUGCUACUGGCUGGGAGAGGACCAAGUGACCUACAGUGAUGCCCGGCGCCUGUGUACUGACCAUGGCUCUCAGCUGGUCACCAUCACCAACAGGUUUGAGCAAGCCUUCGUCAGCAGCCUCAUCUAUAACUGGGAGGGCGGAUACUUCUGGACAGCCCUGCAAGACCUCAACAGUACCGGCUCCUUCCGUUGGCUCAGUGGGGAUGAAGUCAUAUAUACCCACUGGAACCGAGACCAGCCUGGGUACAGACGUGGGGGCUGUGUGGCUCUGGCCACUGGCAGUGCCAUGGGACUGUGGGAGGUGAAGAACUGCACAUCGUUCCGGGCUCGCUACAUCUGCCGACAGAGCCUGGGCACACCGGUCACACCAGAGCUGCCUGGGCCAGACCCCACGCCCAGCCUCACUGGCUCCUGUCCCCAGGGCUGGGUCUCAGACCCCAAACUCCGACACUGCUAUAAGGUGUUCAGCUCAGAGCGGCUGCAGGAGAAGAAGAGCUGGAUCCAGGCCCUGGGGGUCUGCCGGGAGUUGGGGGCCCAGCUGCUGAGUCUGGCCAGCUAUGAGGAGGAGCGCUUUGUGACCCACAUGCUCAACAAGAUCUUUGGUGAGUCGGAGCCUGAGAGCCAUGAGCAGCACUGGUUUUGGAUUGGCCUGAACCGCAGAGACCCUAGAGAGGGUCACAGCUGGCGCUGGAGCGAUGGUCUAGGGUUUUCCUACCACAAUUUUGCCCGGAGCCGACAUGAUGACGAUGAUAUCCGAGGCUGCGCAGUGCUGGAGCUGGCCUCCCUGCAGUGGGUAGCCAUGCAGUGCCAGACGCAGCUUGACUGGAUCUGCAAGAUCCCUAGAGGUGUGGAUGUGCGGGAACCAGACAUUGGUCGACAAGGCCGUCUGGAGUGGGUACGCUUUCAGGAGGCCGAGUACAAGUUUUUUGAGCAUCACUCCUCGUGGGCGCAGGCGCAACGCAUCUGCACCUGGUUCCAGGCAGAGCUGACCUCCGUUCACAGCCAGGCAGAACUGGACUUCCUGGGGCAAAACCUGCAGAAGCUGUCCUCAGACCAGGAGCAGCACUGGUGGCUUGGCCUGCACACCCUGGAGAGUGAUGGACGCUUCAGGUGGACAGAUGGAUCUAUUAUAAACUUCGUCUCCUGGGCACCGGGAAAACCUCGACCCAUCGGCAAGGAAAAGAAGUGUGUAUACAUGACAGCCAGACAAGAGGACUGGGGGGACCAGAGGUGCCACACAGCUUUGCCUUACAUCUGUAAACGCAGCAAUAGCUCUGGAGAGACUCGGCCCCAAGACUUGCCACCUUCAGCCUUAGGAGGCUGCCCCUCUGGUUGGAACCAGUUCCUCAAUAAGUGUUUCCGAAUCCAGGGCCAGGACCCCCAGGACAGGGUGAAGUGGUCAGAGGCACAGUUCUCCUGUGAACAGCAAGAAGCCCAGCUGGUCACCAUCGCAAACCCCUUAGAGCAAGCGUUCAUCACAGCCAGCCUCCCCAACGUGACCUUUGACCUUUGGAUUGGUCUGCAUGCCUCUCAGAGGGACUUCCAGUGGAUUGAGCAAGAGCCCCUGCUCUAUACCAACUGGGCACCAGGAGAGCCCUCUGGCCCCAUCCCUGCUCCCAGUGGCACCAAGCCGACCAGCUGUGCGGUGAUCCUGCACAGCCCCUCCGCCCACUUCACUGGCCGCUGGGAUGAUCGGAGCUGCACAGAGGAGACGCAUGGCUUCAUCUGCCAGAAGGGCACAGACCCCUCGCUGAGCCCAUCCCCAGCAGCAACACCCCCUGCCCCGGGCACUGAGCUCUCCUACCUCAACCGCACCUUCCGGCUGCUGCAGAAGCCACUGCGUUGGAAAGAGGCUCUCCUGCUGUGUGAGAGCCGAAAUGCCAGCCUGGCACACGUGCCCGAUCCCUACACACAAGCCUUCCUCACACAGGCUGCCCGGGGGCUGCAAACACCACUGUGGAUCGGGCUGGCCAGUGACGAGGGCUCACGGCGGUAUUCCUGGCUCUCAGAGGAGCCUCUGAAUUAUGUGAGCUGGCAAGAGGAGGAGCCCCUGCACACGGGAGGCUGUGCCUACGUGGAUGUGGAUGGAACCUGGCGCACCACUAGCUGUGAUACCAAGCUGCAGGGGGCAGUGUGUGGGGUGAGCAAGGGGCCCCCUCCCCGAAGGAUAAGCUACCGCGGCAGCUGUCCUCAGGGCUUGGCUGACUCAUCCUGGAUUCCCUUCAGGGAGCAUUGCUAUUCUUUCCACAUGGAGGUGCUGUUGGGCCACAAGGAGGCGCUGCAGCGCUGCCAGAAAGCCGGUGGGACAGUUCUAUCCAUUCUUGAUGAGAUGGAGAAUGUGUUUGUCUGGGAGCACCUGCAGACGGCUGAAGCCCAGAGUCGAGGUGCCUGGUUGGGCAUGAACUUCAACCCCAAAGGAGGCAUGCUGGUCUGGCAAGACAACACAGCUGUGAACUAUUCUAACUGGGGCCCUCCUGGCCUGGGCCCUAGCAUGCUAAGCCACAACAGCUGCUACUGGAUACAGAGUAGCAGCGGACUGUGGCGCCCCGGUGCUUGUACCAACAUCACCAUGGGAGUUGUCUGCAAGCUCCCUAGAGUGGAAGAGAACAGCUUCUUGCCAUCAGCAGCGCUCCCUGAGAGCCCGGUGGCCCUGGUGGUGGUGCUGACGGCGGUGCUGCUCCUCCUGGCCUUGAUGACCGGAGCCCUCAUCCUCUACCGGCGCCGACAGAGUGCGGAGCGCGGGUCCUUCGAGGGGGCCCGCUACAGUCGCAGCAGCCGCUCUGGCCCCGCAGAGGCCACUGAGAAGAACAUUCUGGUGUCUGACAUGGAAAUGAACGAGCAACAAGAAUAGAGCCAAGGGCGUGGUCAGGGUGGAGCCGGAGCAGGAGAGGCAGGGGCCCCAGGUCAGCAGGCCCCCAUCACCCACCAGUCCAGUUGGUCUUUGGGAAUUGCUACUGGGUGCCGGGGGCUUAGCUUGCCAUGGGGUGGGAGUACCCAGCCUACCAUAGAGGCUAGACUGAGACUUGGCAGUGGGUCAUGUCCCUUUUCUCUUGGGCCUGGGAUUUUGUCACCUGGACCCCAUGGUAACUGGAGGCAAUAUGAGAAGGGACAUGAGCUUAUUCAUGUCUUUUCCUCCCCAGAUCCCUGAGCCUAACCCUGCUGACAUGCAGCCUGGGAUUCUUUCCUAUUUGUAGGCCUGGAAAGCCUGCCCAGUCCCUUGGGGUGGCCCUCAGUCACCUCUCAUACUUGGCUACAUCAGCUCUGUCUCCUCACCCUGCCCUUCUGCCUCUUUCCACCCAGUGCCUCCUUCUGAGCCAUGGCCCUGGGACUUGGGUGAUAUCUCUCUCUCUCUUUCUCUCUCUCUCUCUCUCUCUCUCUCUCUCUCUCUCUCUCUCUCUCUCUCUCUCUCCCCCUCUCUUUGGGUGGGGGUCAGCUGAAGGGGCUGGCCAAGCAUCUGUCACUCCUGUGCCUGCUGGAAUGGACCUAGGGUAUGGCAGGAGGGAGCCUAGGUGGCUCAGGUCUACGAACCAGGGCACCGGUGUGGUGUCUGCUGGAGUAGAGAUGGAACUUUGGAGAGACACCUUAUCCACUCACGGGGUGUCAUCUCCUGCUGGUCAGGGGAGGGCUCUGUCCUUGAAAGAGUCCCCUGUGGGGACCAAAAUAAGUUCCCCAAUGUCUCCGGCUUCUGGCUCUGGCUUGGAGAGAGGGAAGAAGGUUUGGGGGGAGGGAGGCUGGUGAAGCUGUAGCCUGGGACAACACCAGGUGCUACCAUCUGGUGUGGCCUAGGAGGCCAGCACCUUUUCAAGAGGAGAGACCCAGUCCCUGUGUCCCAGUGUGGGGCGACGUGAACAAAAACUCAAAGCGGACCUUCUAUUGUAGUUCUUGAUUUUUGAAAUGUGCUAUUAUUGUUUGUCUUUGUUUUUUUUUUUUAAGAAGGAAACACAGAAAAAGAAACAAAAC